AUGGAGAAUCUCGUACAGAUCCUCUGUCCCCCCUCUGCUCCGAUUCCUACGGAAGGGAAGGCGCUAGCCGAUCCGACCGAGGAAAGAAAAAUGGGAGCAAGCCAGAACCCAGCUCCAAUAGGAAACAAGAGGACGGAGGCGGAGAAGAAGAGGGAGAAAAAGAAGAGGAAGGCCGCCAAUAAGAAAAGGAGGCGGGCCCAGGAGAAGCUCCAGGCAGCCAGAAAGGAGGAAGGUCCUCCCUCAAGAAGGAUGGAGCUCCCUAACAAGGAGAAGAAGCCCCAAGGCGAGGGCAAACCGAAGAAGGAGAAAGGGGUUGGCCGAACACCAGGCCAGAGGCGGGAGGAGAGAGGAGAGACAUGGAGCAAGGUGAUCGGAAGGGGGGAAAAGAACAAGGCGAAACAGGAGCUGAAGAGGAAAGAAGCGGCUCCUCGACAACAGGCCUCCGGUCCCAGAUGGGGAGGGCCAAAAGUGGUGGGAGUGGUGCCAAAGCCGCCUAAGUCAGCGGCCGUCACCAUAACAUGCCCUGAGGGGUCUUACAAAGAUUUUAUGACCGAAGCCAGGCGCCGGAUCAAUCCGGAGGAGCUGGGAAUCCCGGGGGUCUUGCGAAUUCGCGCGGCCCGAACGGGUGCCCUGCUAAUCGAGGUGCUUGGCCUCGGCUCAGGGCCCUCCGCCGACCGACUUGCCGAGGAGCUCGGCAAGUUGGCGGCGGAGAAGUGCCCCGACUAUCGCGUCCAAAGGCUGGUGAAGAUCGCAUCUGUGCGUAUCACUGACCUGGACGCGACGGUCGGGGCAGAAGAGGUGGCGGCUGCAAUGGCCAAGGCUGGGGGAUGUCUGCCCGCGGAAGUUUCCGUGGGCAGGUACAACCUCACCCAAAGAGGACUGGCCUCAACAGUGGUGCGGUGCCCGCUCGCGGCAGCCAGUAAGGCAGCCGCGACGGGGCGGGUCCGGAUUGGCUGGACCCGCGUCGGGGUGAUGGUGCUGCCCGCCGGCGCCGAGUUCUGCUUCAAAUGCUUGGAGCAGGGCCACAUGCGUGGGCGGUGCGGGAACGCCGUCGACCGCAGCGAUGCCUGUUAUCGUUGCGGUAACCCCGGCCACCACGCCAAAGAAUGCGAGGCGGUAGCGGCCCACUGCCCUGUCGCGCGGGACUGGGAAGGAAAGCCGACCACAAGAGGAGGUGAAGCCCCGGCGAGAAAAAAGGAAACACGGGGCGAUGGAGGCGGCGAUACCAACGGCGGAGUCUGGAGAGGAGGGGACCUUGACGUGGAGCUCGUCGCCAUCCCGGGAGGAUCAGAGCUGGAGGGAACACAGGUAGGGACCCCCCACACAGCCUCGGAGGAGGCAAUAGAAUUAGCAGUCUUUGCGGAGGCAUCAGUCCUGGAGGCCACAACGGCUGACGCUCCCUCUGGGGAGGCUGAGGCGGCGUCUUCGAGGGAGCGGAGGAGGAGCGUCUGGAGGAGGCGUGAAGGCCUGGCUUUCACGCAUCCUCCAGACUCCCUCCGAGUCUCCCAAGCCAACCUUGGCCGCGGCGCCCGGGCCCAAGACCUGUGGAUACACAGGCUUGCGGAACUGGGCGCCGGGCUGGGGGUGGUCACCGAACCGCACUUCAUCCCGGUUGGUAACCCCAACUGGCUGGGUAGCAAGUGCGGCUUGGCGGCCGUUGUGGCCUGUCCCGCAGCAGUUGCCGGGGACUUUAACGCCCACUGGGAAGAAUGGGGCUGUAGUCUCCGGCAGCGGGACCCUCGGGGCAAUGUCGUGGCCGAUUGGGCGGCGGGAUUGGGCCUCGUGCUCAUGAACACGGGGUCAUCAGCACCUGUGUGCGGCCGGGGGGAGGCGAGUCAGUUAUUGACCUGA